GAACCCCUCAGAGUUUGUUGAUGGCGAUAGCUGUGCUGAUGAGUCCAAGUUUGACGAUGGAAGCUAAAUAAGCUGUAUAUUGAGGAGUAUUUACAAAAGAAGAAAUAAAAGAACAUUGCAAGAAUGGACGAGUCAUUUGAUCCACUCAAGUGUAACGAGGACUUGCUUUCCUCACCAGGGUGCCACAUGGAAUAUGAUGACAUGCCCGAGCUGCAGGAGGUGGAGGAGGACCAGAGGUCUCAGGGGUUGUUUCAGGUGGGAGCUGUGUCUCACCAGGAGCUCAGCUGCUCUCCUAACACCAACUGGCUCACUGAGUUAGCCAACAUCGCCACCAGUCCUCAGAGCCCGCUGCUGAAGGAUGCCCCACACAAGAGAUCGUCUCCAGUCCACAUCUUUGGCAGCAGUAACAGUUUACAUUCCUACGCCCGGCCCCCGUUAGCCAGCAGUGCACCCAAUCCUUCCAGAGGCCACCUCAGGGAGCGCAGGCGUGUCAGGGCCAGCAGCGAAUCAGAGUCUGGUGUUUUCUCGAUGUCCUCGUCAUUUUCUGAUGAUGAAGACAUGGCGUGGUCUCAUUCCUGGCCCUCCACAGCCUGGCACUGCUUCCUCAAAGGCACUCACCUGCGUUUCCAUCGAGGUCCUAAUGUGGAGUGGCAGGAAGCUGACGAGUUGAGGGAUUCAGAUGAUGACUCGGAUGAUGAAACCAUGAUGCAAUCCUCAUUUUCUAUCAAGAGAUAUGGUUCAGAUGGACUUAAACUUGUGAACCAUGAAGAAACAAUUACUUUUGGCCAGGCAAUUCUUAAAUUGACCUUUGACCCAGGCUCCCCAGAAAAAGGUCUUCUAACAGCCGAAUGCCGCUUGGAUCAUCCAUUUUUUGUCAAAAAUAAAGGGUGGUCCUCUUUCUACCCAAGCCUUACUGUGGUGCAUCAUGGGAUUCCCUGCUAUGAGAUGCAGCUGGGUGAUGUGUGUCUGCCACCGGGCCACCCCGAUGCUAUUAACUGUGAUGACUCCGUUGUCUUUGACACGUUCAGAAGCUAUGACUUCACCCCGCUCGAUUCCUCAGCUGUGUAUGUUCUCAGCAGCAUGGCUCGUCAGCGCAGGGCCUCCCUGUCUGGCGGGGGGGCUGUCAGUCCAGACUGUGAUAAACUGGAGCACUACAGCUCCCCUCAAUCCUCCAGUAUCAGAUCAAACAGGAGCCACAAUUCAGGGACAGCCAGCGGUGCCACGCCUACAAAAUGCAAGCGGCCAAUGAAUGCCUUCAUGCUUUUUGCCAAGAAGUACAGAGUGGAGUACACUCAGAUGUAUCCGGGAAAAGACAACAGAGCCAUAAGUGUCAUCCUGGGUGACAAGUGGAAGAAGAUGAAGAAUGAAGAGAGGCGGAUGUACACCAUGGAGGCCAAGGCUUUGGCUGAGGAGCAGAAAAGACUCAAUCCUGACUGCUGGAAACGUAAACGAACCAACUCAGGUUCCCAGCAGACCUAAAACCUCCACCAGAACGCCCCCCAGCAGCUGGUGUGGUGGUGGUGAACCGCUUGAUGCCUCUUCGCUCUCCUGUAUUCUUGAGAUCCAACUGUGAUGCUGAACUCACUCGCUUUUUACACAAUAUAGUGACGAAACUGCAUUAUAAAAGCAUAUACAAACAUGUAAUCUAGUCACUAACAGUGCAUAUAUUUUCUUAUAUCUUCAAUGUCCAAGAUGUCUUAUUCCCUCUAGAGAGAAAAGUGGGAGAAUGUCUCUUAUUUCAGGUCAUUUUUUAAAAGUCAGUGGUGGAAAACAAUGAGGUGCUGCGCUUUAGGACAGAGAGAUGAGCAAGCAUCUAUUUGUAAUUAUAAACAGGCAAUUUUAAACAACUUUUGUACUAUUGAUAUUUGUAAGAUUUAGUAUAUUGCACAGAUUGGUAAUCCAUACAGUUUGUAUCUUACCACUGAACUAUGGCUCAGAGUUGAUAAGCAAUCCCAUCCAACCACCAUGUCUGCAUGUGGUGGUGGUCAGCCACAAGCUCGUCAUGCCUGUACUGUAAGUGGUUAUUUUGUCUGCACUUUAUAUAAAUAAUGUUAUCUGGUCCUAUACAGCCAUUGUAUUCUGGUAAACAGUUUGUAUGUUGCAUCUAGUGUUUUCGUAGUUACCCGUUUUACACAAUCAUGGCCCAGCAGGCAUGCUCUGCUUUCAGGUUGCUUUUGAAUUUUAACUACUUUGUUCAUAAUGUACAGGUUUCAAUGCACCAA